UGCAGGUGGCUGCAUAUAAAACUGUGGCGGGACCUUGGAGUGAGCUGGUGGGCAAUACUGAUAGUGCUCCAGGAUUCUGGAAACUGCGAACAUAUGGAAACGCUUGAUGAAGGCCAGUCUGAGCUGCACCUGUGUGCACUUCGAGCCGACUGGUCUCAGCACGGGUCGCUAGAACCAGGAAAGCUCGAGGUGCGGGAUCGGUUUGGCCGGACUCCACUUUUCUUCUGUGUCAUGCUGGGUGAUAGCCAUGGAGCACAGGUGCUGCUUCGUGCUGGGGCCAGGCCUGACCACAGUGACCAUGCUGGGCAAACACCGUUGCAUUUAGCUGCAAGAAAGGCUCACAGAAGCCUGGUGCGCCUUCUGCUGUCUGCUGGUGCACCCUGGGCUAGAGGGGAUGUGCAUGGAUGCACGCCUCUGCACUGUGUAGCUACCGUCGCCUUGCCACAGGCACGCACUGUCUUAACCAUGUUACUGGAGUGCAUGGAUGCCAGCCAAGUUGACUUACAGGACAAGCUUAAGCAAACAGCACUGCACAGGAGUGCCCGUGCCUGUCACUCGGAGAACAUGCUGAUGCUGCUGAGGAAGGGUGCAAACCCACUGAUGCAAGAUAUGGAUGGCCGUACUGCACUGCACCUGUGUGCUGCCUCUUCACAUCCAGCUGCAUUGGAAUGUACACGUCUGCUCCUGGAUGCUGAACCUUCCCUAACAAGCUGGCAAGAUUACCAUGGUUGCACGCCUCUUCAUCUUGCUGUGGCUUCUGGCUCUAUGGCUGUUAUUGAUUUACUGACUCAACGAAGCAACAGUGAGGUGAAUGCACUUGAUGACCUCUUCCGAACGCCACUGCAUUGGGCAGCGAUCUUAGGGCGCCUGGAAGUGGGCCGCCUACUGCUUGAACGGUGUGCAGGCGCGUCUCUUGCUGACCGGGCAGGAGCAACACCCUUGGACUAUGCUUGCUCUUCUGAUGAGGCAGGCAUGCUGGUCGCAAUGCUGCUCUCUCAUCACCAUGCAGUGGAGAGCGUGGAUACGGCUCUGAACGAUGCUGCUCUCGCGGGGAAUGUAGCAGCUGUGCGUGCGCUGUACUACUAUGAGGUGCAUCCCGAAGCUUCACAUGCGGCGAUGGUGGCUGCUGCCUCGAGAGGCCACCUCGAGGUGCUUCAGUUAAUGCUGGACGUGUGCGGUGGCAGCGCCCCUCAGCAGCCAUCGAAUCAGCUGAACCCAUUGAUGGCUGCUGCCUGUGGAGGACAUGGCAGCUGUGUGCUUGCCCUGCUUGACGUUGGGGCCAGCACUCAUGCUGUGGAUGCAGGUGGCCGCACUGCCUUGCACUGGGCUACAGUUGGACAGCAAGCGACUAUCUGUCGCCUGCUGAUACAGCGUGGCUGCCGUGUUGAUGCAUCUGACAACUACGGGCGUACAGCACUACACUAUGCCUGUAGUCGGGGCUCAGCCGAGUGUGCCAGUGUCUUGCUUCAAGCGCAUGCCAAUCCAAACCUCACUGACGCACAGGGUGAGAUUGUUGCCAGUGCCACUGUGCUAAAGUUGGUUGUGCUCUUUUGCACGCUCAUUGAAACAUCUGCUGGUAUGUAA